UAUAGUUUUCGGGUUGGGUUUGGGAAACAAAAACGCAAGUCCCCACGGGCAGACCGAACCCUAGCUUCGCCUCUUGGACCCUCAACCUUGCCAUUCACGCGCAAGACCUAUUGUGAUGUCGUCGUCCGGCGGGGGUGGGGCUGGGCAGCAGUUCCGGUACACGCAGACGCCGUCGAAGGUGCUGCACCUGCGGAACCUGCCCUGGGAGUGCACGGAGGAGGAGCUCGUUGAGCUCUGCAAGCCCUUCGGCCGCAUCGUCAACACCAAAUCCGGCGUCGGCGCCAACCGCAACCAGGCCUUCGUCGAGUUUACCGAUGUUAAUCAAGCCAUUUCAAUGGUUUCUUAUUUUGCAUCAUCUUCAGAACCAGCACAAAUUCGAGGCAAAACUGUUUACAUUCAGUAUUCAAAUAGACAAGAAAUAAUUAACAAUAAGAGCCCUGGUGAGACUGCUGGAAAUGUCUUGCUUGUUACCAUAGAGGGUGUUCAAGCUAGUGACGUCACCAUCGAUGUAAUCCAUUUGGUUUUCUCUGCUUUUGGAUUUGUUCACAAAAUAGCCACUUUUGAGAAGGCUGCAGGUUUUCAGGCACUGAUCCAGUAUACUGAUGCACCCACUGCAUCAGCAGCAAGAGAAGCCUUAGAUGGAAGAAGCAUCCCAAGAUACUUGCUUCCGGAUCAUGUAGUAUCCUGCCACUUGCGGAUUUCUUUCUCUGCGCAUAAGGAUUUGAACAUCAAGUUCCAAUCACACCGCAGCAGGGAUUACACUAACCCUUACCUUCCAGUCAACUCCUCUGCUAUAGAUAGUACAUUGCAGCCUGCUGUUGGUGCUGAUGGAAGGAGGGUGGAGGCUGAGGGUAAUGUUCUUCUUGCAUCAAUUGAGAAUAUGCAGUAUGCUGUAUCAGUGGAUGUUCUCCAUACUGUGUUCUCUGCAUUCGGUACAGUCCAGAAAAUUGCUAUUUUUGAGAAGAAUGGUGGAACACAAGCUCUAAUUCAGUACCCUGAUGCAAGUACUGCUACAAUUGCGAAGGAAGCAUUGGAAGGGCAUUGCAUCUACGAUGGUGGCUACUGUAAGAUUCACCUGUCAUACUCUCGUCAUACUGAUCUCAAUGUAAAGGCUCAUAGUGACAAGAGCAAGGAUUACACAAUCCCAGAAGGAGCACACCAAGCAGCACCACAGCCAGCCGGUGUACCUCCUACAACUGCAGGAUGGCAAGGUAAUUCUCAAGCAGCUGGACCAUACGGACCACCAGGUGUCGCUGCUCAAAACCAGAACGCCAACGGACAAGUGCCGAAUUGGAAUCCCGGCAACUCAGGGUACCCACCAGCUCCAGGCCAGUAUCCAGGCCAUAUGUACUCAGCUCCACCACAGCAGUACACGGCGACAUCAGGGGGCUUCUCCGCCCCUCCGCCACCGCCGCCUCAUGAGAUGCAUCCUUCACACCAGAUGCCACCUGCUCAUCAUGGAAAUGAGAUGCAUCCUUCACACCAGAUGCCACCUGCUCAUCAUGGAAAUGAGAUGCAUCCUUCACACCAGAUGCCACCUGCUCAUCAUGGAAAUCAGCAGAGACCGGCAAGUGGUGCCCCUGGAACUGGCCAACCACCUCCGUAUUACCACCAUUAAGUGUGUGUGUACCUUCGCCGCCAUUUCUGAUUAGUUUAUGGAGUUUUGCAACUCUACAAUACCGCUACCCCAUUUUGUUUACCAUCUCUGUCCUACAAUGAAAUAACAGUCAAUAAAUUCUCAUCCAUCA